AUUCGACAACGACAUUGCAAUCAUUCAAGUGGACUGAUUUCGGAAAAAUUCGAUAACAACGAAGACAUACUUAGCUCUCUCUACAUCCUCCGUCUUGUUGGAAUUUUUGAGGCGCCAAUCCAAAAACUCUUACCUACCCUCGCCCAUCGACAUCGCGCAGGUAUAAACAACCUUAUUUACUUGCCCUCGAGCAAGCACAUUCCCCAAUCGCAUGGCAAGACUUCCCAGGCCGGUAGCGCAAGUAAGGACCGACAGUAUGCGACCACCACAAAGACCAUCAGUUGCGAGAGCAAUGCCGCCGCGAGACAGAUCAGGCGCAGUAUCGCCGGUAGAAUCUGUGGCAUCAGUAGCAACGCACACUGGGACGAAGCGGAAGGAACGUGAUUUUGAGCACGGCGAAGAAGAGACCAACAUAAAUGUUGUUGUCCGAUGUAGAGGUCGGAAUGAGCGCGAAGUUCGAGAAAAUAGUGGUGUGGUAUUGUCAACAGAAGGUGUGAAGGGAAAGAGUCUUGAGCUCUCGAUGGGGCCCAGCGCGUUGAGCAACAAGACAUAUCACUUCGACAAGGUUUUCUCUUCAGCGGCAGAUCAAGCAAUGAUCUAUGAUGAUGUUGUAACGCCAAUCCUAGACGAGAUGCUUGCCGGAUACAACUGCACAAUAUUUGCCUAUGGACAAACCGGCACUGGCAAGACAUAUACAAUGUCUGGUGACAUGAGUGAAACAUAUGGAAUGCUCUCAGAUGCGGCAGGAAUUAUCCCUCGUGCGCUGUAUGCUCUAUUCAACAAACUGGAAUUGGACGAUGCGGAAUCUUCCGUCAAAUGUUCUUUCAUUGAGCUCUACAACGAGGAGCUCCGAGAUCUGAUAUCCCCGGAUGAGAAUGCGAAGCUGAAAAUCUUCGACGACAACAGCAGGAAAGGACACUCCAGCACGCUCGUUCAGGGUAUGGAGGAAUCACAUAUCAAGAGCGCAGUCGAAGGUGUUAAAUUGCUUCAAGCUGGCAGUCACAAACGUCAAGUUGCGGCUACCAAGUGCAAUGAUCUUAGUAGUCGAAGCCACACUGUCUUUACCGUCACUGCAUACAUCAAGAGGCAGGGAGACAAUGGGGAGGACUAUGUCAGUGCCGGAAAGCUCAAUCUGGUGGAUUUGGCAGGUAGCGAAAACAUCCAACGCUCCGGAGCAGAGAAUAAACGUGCUGCUGAGGCCGGAUUGAUCAACAAGAGUUUGUUGACUCUUGGUCGUGUGAUAAAUGCUCUUGUUGAUCGAAGUAUGCAUAUUCCAUACCGUGAAUCAAAACUCACUCGACUUCUUCAAGAUUCGCUUGGAGGAAGAACAAAGACAUGCAUCAUUGCAACAGUUUCCCCCGCCAAGAGCAAUUUGGAGGAAACCAUUUCGACAUUGGACUAUGCCUUCCGCGCGAAGAAUAUUCGGAACAAGCCUCAGGUCAACCAGAUGGUGAAUAAGAAAACUCUGCUCAAGGAAUUUACGAGCGAGAUCGAGAGAUUGAAGAGCGAGCUCAUUGCAACUCGCCAGCGCAACGGCGUUUACCUCUCGAAUGAGAAUUACGAGGAGAUUACGACGCAGAGCGAAUCUCGAAGAAUCCUUAGCGAGGAGCAGGCAGCCAAGAUCGAAACGAUGGAGGCAAACCUUCGAAACAAGGUGCAAGAGCUGUUUUCCUUGACUUCGAAUUUCAUGACGCUGAAGAAGGACAAUGAGGCAACAAAGGUAGUCCUGGACGAGACGAAGAGCGUUCUUGACCAAACCGAGUUCGUGCUGGCCAACACUCGACAAAGCCUGGCCGAGGAGUCGCUGCUUCGAAAAGCUCACGAGCAAACGGAGGAAAAGCUAAGCCAGGUUGGCAGCGAGCUGCUCUCUACUCUGGGCCGGACUGUUCUUGAUGUCAAUGGUCUUCAUGACAAGAACAGGAGAAAGUCAGACCUGCAGUCCUUGAAUCGGAAUACCUGGGGACUCUCCCAAGCCCAGGUAUCUGAAGUCACUAGUCUUGUCGAAGAUCGAGUUGAAGGGUUCCGCCUACAACAGCAGGAGCUCAUGGCGGCCUUAUCAAGUCGUAUGCAAUCUUUCGUGGAAGGCGAAUUGGAAAAACUUUCCACUACGCAGACUUUUCUCCAAUCCAAUGUGUCCGCAUUCGAGGAGGUGGAGAAAGAAGUAUCUGAACAGACCAAAUCAUCGAAGGAAGAGAUGGAUACAGUCUUGGAGGAGAUCAAGACACUCCGCGAAGACGUGAAGACUAAGGUGGGGCAGGGACUUCAAGGACUUUCGGUGGCUGCUGAACGCAUUUCUGCGGAGGUCCUCAGUGAGCUCGGUGCAUUCCAUACUCAGCUACAUGGAUCUUACAGCUCUCUCGGUCGUGAUUUCAAGUCUUUGUUCGAAGAUCUCCUCAAGCAUAUCAAUGCUCAGCGGGCUGAGGCAGAUGAGCUACGGCAGCAAUUGCAUACCGCAAGCGAGCUUGCCAUGCAAACGAAUGCGGAAGCCUCGAUAAGACUGGAUAAUAUUCUCCAGGAAGAACGCGAGCAAGCUGCUCUGGAUCGUCAAAACUUACUCUCCCAAAUCAGUAAUCUCCUUACUGCACAAGGGGAGGUGCAAGACCAACGUAUCACGGCGAAAAUUGGAGAAGUCCAGAAGAGUGUUCUGUCUUCUCGAGAGGUCUUUGAAGAAUCACGCACCAAAUACAACCAGGGUAUGGAUUCUUGGAAUGAGAAGGAAGGUAAAUUAGUUGAGGAAGUUCUUCGGUCCCGGGAGACAUUGAAGAGCAAGCUGAAAGAGGAUUGGGUGGCUGCUAACAAGCACAACAUGUCGCUUCAAGCCACCACUCGAUCUGUCCAUGAAGAGACUGUUCGGAUUGUGGACAUGCAGAUGAAGGAGAUCGCGACACAAAUGGAAGCACUGGACGACUUUGUUACUCGUGCAAGGUCGCACAAUGCUCAACAUCAUGACAGCCAUGUUCAAUCCCUCCAAGGAUUGUCAACCACUGUCAAAUCUUCCUAUUCUAACAUAGGCUCGCAUUUCACAUCUACUUACGAGCGAGUCCGGGACCUGGGAGACGAGAUGUCAACGAAGACUGGCACGAUACAAGAGUCUCUUGCACCGCUUGACACCAUCCUCCGUCAGCCGCUGGCCGAGCUCCGUUCCAAUAUAUCGAGCACGGCUUUGUAUGAAUACGAACCAACUGGUGAGACCCCUCAGAAAGUGCAAUACCACUACCCAAUGGAAUUGCCGCGAACAGAUGCGCAUGAAACUCUUCUGGCCGCUCUUCGUCGCCCGGUGAGUGCCUCACCAAGCAAGACUAUGAUCCCGGCCAUUUUCAAUGACGCACCCGAUGAGCGGGACGAGGUGACCCCUUGCGAAGAAGGAGAUCGUAAACCAAGUGGCCCUUGCGAAGAAGGAGAUCGUAAACCAAGUGGGGGACUUAGAGAGAUCGAUAUCAACAUCAGCGCCGGCUCUCUUAACUCGGAGCAAAAUGGCCAAAGCGCGGUACCUGGUCUAGCAGGGCUACCCUCUAGUGGCGAUGGUCCCCUUUCUCAAAUCCCCAGCCUCAAGAGGAGUACGUCAGGGACUGGCAAGCUACCGAUGCCCAAGGGCGCCAAGAAGGCAGUUAUUGCGCUGGAAGGGAGAGAGAACGUGCCAUUUGCUCAGAGCACAGGGAGGAGGAGGAGCCCGCGAACCGGGUAAGGGGGAUGCAUUGGGCGACAUGAGGUCGGUGUUUUGAUAGCGUGGGGAUCCUCAGGAGUUUUUUUUUUAGGAGUUGGGACCGAAGUUCCCCGGUGAUGGCGUUGGAGGACGUUGAUUACUACAGUUACAAGUUAAUCCAUGCUGUUUUCCUGACUAUCGAUGAGCCGCUCGCUGCUGGCAGUGAUAAUAGGUUGACGGGAACACAUCCGUGAGGCUGCCAAUGGGCCGGGGCUAACGG